UCAUGAGUUAAGUGGAUUUUGGACAGAUACCCCUUGCACAUCACUGCCCCAAUGUGGGGUCCUUUUCCGGAUGGCGGGAACGUCAGGCCAGGAGCGAUGAACCAACUGGAUGCUCCACGGCCACUCAACUGGACCAUCAGGAAAUUGUGCCAUGCAGCUUUUCUUCCCUCUGUGCGCCUGCUAAAGGCACAGAAGUCAUGGAUAGAAAGAGCUUUCAGCAAAAGAGAAUGUGUGCACAUUAUUGUAAGCAGCAAAGACCCCCAUAGGUGCUGUUGUGGCCGUCUAAUUGGUCAACAUAUUGGCCUGCCCCCCAGCAUCUCAUCCAAUCAGAAUGAGAAGUCAGAGCGUCUACCAAAGAAUGACAGCCUGUCAGAGAAAUGGUCCAUGAGCAAGCACACACAGCUCAGUCCCACCGAUGCCUUCGGAACCAUCGAGUUCCAGGGAGGUGGACACUCCAACAAAGCAAUGUAUGUACGAGUGUCUUACGACACAAAGCCAGAUUUACUGCUGCAUCUAAUGACGAAGGAGUGGCAACUGGAGCUUCCCAAGCUGCUCAUCUCUGUUCAUGGAGGACUACAGAACUUUGAGCUACAGCCCAAACUCAAGCAGGUUUUUGGAAAGGGUCUCAUCAAGGCUGCCAUGACCACUGGGGCCUGGAUCUUCACUGGAGGAGUUAACACUGGAGUCAUCAGGCAUGUUGGUGAUGCUCUAAAAGAUCAUGCAUCAAAAUCAAGAGGGAAGAUCUGCACGAUUGGUAUUGCCCCCUGGGGAAUUGUGGAGAAUCAGGAAGACCUGGUGGGCAAAGAUGUAGUCCGGCCGUACCAGACAAUGUCUAACCCUCUGAGUAAGUUAACGGUACUCAACAGCCUACACUCCCACUUCAUCCUGGCUGACAACGGCACCACUGGAAAGUAUGGGGCUGAGGUGAAACUGCGCAGACAGUUGGAGAAACACAUCUCCCUGCAAAAGAUCAACACAAGGAUUGGGCAGGGUGUUCCAGUGGUGGCUCUGAUAGUGGAAGGGGGUCCUAAUGUGAUCUCUAUUGUACUGGAGUACCUGAGAGACACUCCUCCUGUCCCCGUGGUGGUGUGUGAUGGGAGCGGUCGUGCCUCUGACAUCCUUGCCUUCGGGCAUAAGUACUCAGAGGAGGGCGGACUCAUAAACGAAUCUUUGAGAGACCAGUUGUUAGUCACCAUUCAGAAGACGUUUACUUACAGCCGGACACAGGCCCAGCAUCUCUUCAUCAUUCUGAUGGAGUGCAUGAAGAAAAAAGAACUGAUAACAGUGUUUCGGAUGGGAUCAGAGGGACACCAAGACAUUGAUUUGGCCAUUCUAACAGCUCUUCUGAAAGGUGCCAAUGCCUCAGCUCCAGAUCAACUAAGUCUGGCCUUGGCCUGGAACAGAGUGGACAUCGCCCGGAGCCAGAUCUUCAUUUAUGGACAGCAGUGGCCUGUGGGUUCUCUAGAGCAGUCUAUGCUGGAUGCGCUGGUGCUGGACAGAGUGGACUUUGUGAAGUUGCUGAUAGAGAAUGGAGUGAGCAUGCACCGUUUCCUGACGCUGUCCAGACUCGAAGAGCUAUAUAAUACGAGGCAUGGGCCGUCCAACACCUUGUACCACCUCGUCAGAGAUGUGAAAAAGGGUAACCUGCCCCCUGACUACCGCAUUAGCCUGAUCGACAUUGGAUUGGUGAUUGAAUACCUCAUGGGCGGAGCCUAUCGCUGCAAUUAUACCAGGAAGAGAUUUCGGACCCUCUAUCACAAUCUUUUUGGACCCAAGAGACCAAAAGCCCUAAAGCUGCUUGGAAUGGAGGAUGACAUGCCCAUUAGAAGAGGUCGUCAGAAGACCACACGGAAGCGUGAGGAGGAGGUCGACAUCGACCUGGAUGACCCAGAAAUCAAUCAUUUCCCCUUCCCAUUCCAUGAGCUGAUGGUCUGGGCUGUGCUGAUGAAACGGCAGAAGAUGGCCUUGUUCUUCUGGCAGCAUGGAGAAGAGGCUAUGGCAAAAGCGCUGGUGGCCUGUAAGCUAUGCAAGGCAAUGGCUCACGAAGCAUCCGAGAAUGACAUGGUAGAUGACAUCUCACAGGAACUCAAUCAGAACUCAAGGGAGUUUGCUCAGUUGGCUGUUGAGCUGCUGGAUCAGUCCUAUAAGCAAGAUGAACAGAUGGCCAUGAAGCUGUUGACCUACGAGCUGAAGAACUGGAGUAAUGCCACCUGUCUGCAGCUAGCUGUGGCUGCCAAGCACAGGGACUUCAUUGCACACACCUGCAGCCAGAUGCUCCUCACUGACAUGUGGAUGGGACGUCUGCGUAUGCGCAAGAACUCUGGCCUGAAGGUUAUCCUGGGCCUGCUUCUUCCCCCUUCCAUAUUAAGCCUUGAGUUUAAAAAUAAGGACGAAAUGUCAUAUAUGCCUCAGGAUCAAGACACAUACCUGCAAGAGAAGGAUGUGGAUGAACCUGAGAAACAAGCUAAAGAGAAAGAGGAGGAGGACAUGGAGUUCACAGUAAGAUCUUACUGUGAGACGCAGUACAACUCCGUGGCCAUGCUGGGAAAUGUGAGUACAGAAGCAUCCCGCAAGAAACAGGUGGAAGAGGUGCAGAACCGCCAUCGACUGAUUCCACUGGGACGCAAAAUUUACGAGUUUUACAACGCUCCUAUUGUCAAGUUCUGGUUUCACACGUUGGCCUAUGUAGGGUACUUGAUGCUCUUCAACUAUAUUGUGUUGGUGAAGAUGGACCUGUGGCCCUCUCCCCAGGAGUGGAUUGUCAUUGCCUACGUCUUCACCAAUGGCAUUGAGAAGAUGAGAGAGAUCCUCAUGUCAGAGCCAGGGAAGCUCCUACAGAAGGUCAAAGUGUGGUUACAAGAAUACUGGAACAUCACUGACCUCAUGGCCAUCCUCAUCUUCUCCAUUGGGAUGGUGCUCCGACUACAAGACCCGCCCCUGAUGAGCUACGGGAGGGUCAUCUACUGUGUCAAUAUAAUUUAUUGGUACAUACGCCUACUUGACAUCUUCGGAGUGAACAAAUAUCUGGGUCCAUAUGUCAUGAUGAUCGGCAAGAUGAUGAUAGACAUGAUGUAUUUUGUGAUCAUCAUGUUGGUGGUGCUGAUGAGUUUCGGGGUGGCACGGCAGGCCAUCCUCAAUCCCAAUGAAGAUCCUUCCUGGAUGCUGGCACGCAACAUAUUCUUCAUGCCAUACUGGAUGAUUUAUGGAGAGGUGUUUGCUGACCAAAUCGACCCUCCAUGUGGACAGAACAUCACCACUGAGGGAGGAGUCAUUAUAUCACUCCCACCCUGCAAGACUGGAGCAUGGAUAGUCCCUGCCAUCAUGGCCUGCUACCUGCUGGUGGCAAACAUCCUGCUGGUUAAUUUGCUAAUUGCUGUCUUCAACAACACAUUCUUUGAAGUGAAGUCCAUCUCCAACCAGGUGUGGAAGUUCCAGAGGUACCAACUGAUCAUGACUUUCCAUGAACGUCCUGUCCUUCCUCCUCCACUCAUAAUCUUCAGCCACAUAACAAUGGUUCUCAAACACCUCUGCUGUCGCUGGAGGAAGCACGAUGAGGAUGAGCGUGACUACGGGCUGAAGCUCUUCAUCACUGAAGAUGAACUGAAAAAGGUACAUGACUUUGAAGAGCAGUGCAUGGAGGAAUAUUUCAGAGAGAAAGAUGACCGCUUCAAUUCUUCCAAUGAUGAGAGGAUACGUGUGACAUCUGAAAGGGUGGAGAACAUGGCAAUGCGUCUUGAGGAGGUGAAUGAGAGGGAACAUUUCAUGAAAGCAUCUUUGCAAACUGUGGACAUCAGGCUUGCCCAGAUGGAGGAGAUGAUUGGCCGGAUUGCUGUGGCAUUGGAACGGGUAACAGGUGUGGAUCGAGGUGAAGUCAACAAAGGGCGGUCCAGGACAUCAUCCGACUGCACUGAUACAAAUUACAUCCUUCGCCAGAGCAGUUUCAACAGCCAAGAAGGCAAUGCCUACAGGCUACAGGAGUCUAUGGAGCAGGGUGGAGAAGAGUCCAUUUCCCCUACUUCUCCAACCGCUCUGGCUCCACGCAUCCGCAGUCACUCCUUCUAUGUGAGCCCCUCCUCCAAGGACAGGUACAGUGCAGAUCGGUCAGAAGGUUUCUUCAAAGAGAAAUUGUUCAGUCUCCACCGGGCCAACAGCUCUCAGUCUGUAUCCUCAGGAGCAGGCCCCAAAGAUUCCAAGCCUGCGCCUUUGAAUACGUUGUCCGUGCAGCAGCAACUUCGUCCCUCUUCCUGUAUAGACAUCUAUGUUUCUGCCUCAGAGGAUGUCCCAACCACAGAUUGCUUCUUGGAGCCAGUCAGAACAGUACCAACUCUUGCUCGAGAUGCAUCUCUCCAUUCUGAGAUCAUGGAGGCGGUGAGCUCAGGGGGGCGGGACUGCAGCGGAAGGGCCGGGGGCAGUGAAAGGCAGUCGGAUGGUACAGUCCUAUUUGAGGACAGUGCUGCUGCUGACCUAUCACUUGGCUCUGCCCACCUGCUGCCAGAAACCCUGCCUUCCUGGGACCUGGACCCCUCUCCGCCGCCAUCAGCCGGUGUUCUAGAACGGUCCAAGAGCAGCCGGUACCUGUCUGCAGCAGGGCCUCUGUUUCUGGAUGAGCCAACGUUGGUUAAGUCGCACAGCCUGAUGUUUACAUCACGUGGUUACUAUGGUGGCAUGGGAGUGCAGGUCAAAGCAGCCGAGUAUACCAGCAUUACAGAUUGCAUUGACACUCGUUGUGUCUCUACACCUUACCCUGUCCCAGAGCGAUCAGACUCACCUGGAGGCUCUUUCACGUUCGAUAAGCCCCAGGAUUUGGGUGUCUCACACCCUGAACGAGAUGCUGAGCUCAGUCAUGCAGAGUCUGAUCCAGAGGAGCCUGCGGAGGGGUCAGCAGACACAUGUAAGGUGGGUCAAAGUAGCAGUAGUGGGGGAACAGGUGCAGACCUAGGCCUUGACCUGGCACUGGGCCCGUUCUGCUCACCCAUCUCUAGACUAGAGCGAGCAAACAGCUGCUCCUCCUCAGAGGAGUCGCACUCCAACAUCUACUCCCGAAAGAGUUUCUCCAUAAGUGAGAGAAUGGACAAGGGUCGUGGAAGCUCAAGAAAUCCUUUCCAGAAGGCCAGGGCUGGGGCAAGGCUAGAGGGUAAGACAGACUCUCUGUCUAUGAGGAAGCUGGCGAAACCCUCAGCGUUCCAAAGUUUUGACAGCAGACAUAAUUACACGUGAUGAUAGCGUACAAAUAGUAAUGGCAUUAUAGAUGUAGUUUUUGUAGGAUGGCUCUACCUCAUUUAAAAUCCAAGGGCCAAUUAAUUAAUUAGUACUGUUUGAGUGAGUAAUUAGCUGUACACUGGAAUAUUUUAUCACGGUUAUCAACUACCUAUUAAUUUUCUAAUAUAGCACUGCAAUGCAAAUUAUUUUUUGCUAAUUUUUAUUUUUUAGAAAUCAUAAACACAGAACAUGACCAUCAAUGCCAUUUGGCCAACGCUAGUUUCCAGUUCUUUCACAUUUGUAAUGUACUGCUGUUACUUAAUCAGGAAAAUGGUGUUUGUGAAAUGGCUAUAGCAUAUAGGUAUUCAUGAUGAAGGGAAUCUUAUAUUGACAAAAUCUUGGAAUGCAUUUUCUAGAUAAAAGCUUGUGCCUGUUUUAUGAGGCGUUUGAAUGCAGUUCCCAAAGUUUUUGUAGAAUUUCACCCUCACAUCAAUUUUAAAAGCCUAAAUGAUCAUGGUUUUCUUUUGUUGUCUGUAUUUUUCCAAAAUCAUCACGAAUGAACGCUCCUUAAACCCAAUUUUAACUCUAACUCUAACACUUAGUGAAUGUUCAGAAUGGAAUACUAACUUACUGCAUACAAUGCAGUAUAUGCUGUAUAAUAUGUCUUUUUAAAUAGUGUGUGGAAAAAGUCUAGAGUAUGUGACAAAAAAAUUCAAACAUUGACCUGACUAUAUUAUAUGUUUGAGAAAUAUGGUUAUUUUGCAUUUUUAAUCUAAUAUAUUGUAAAAAUGUAGUUGGUCAUUUGGAUGCACAGUUGGAUGCACAGUGCAUCCAAAAAAUAUACGUACAGCAAGAAAAAUAUUUUAAAAUAGUAUUGCUAUUCUGAUCAUACCUUCAGACUCACGGUACUGCAAAUGUAUUAUAUAGAGUACAUAUCCAAAAUUUAUUUAAAAGCAAAAAGAAAAAAAACUUUUUUUUUGCAAAGAGACAGAUUUUUCAGUGUGUCUUACAGAACAGGUUCUAUAUGUUGACUUGCUAUGCAAGAUGCCACAGAGAGUAGACCAGUAAGAAGUGUUAUGCAUUUUAGAGCAGGAGUUCAUUAUGCACAUGCACAUCAAUUUUAUUACUAAUCAACCUGAGUUUUUGGAUGUUUAAGAUAUUAAAGAUAACAAAUCAGCACAAAUCAGGCAGGAACCACUAAACUUACCCACUAUAAACACUCUUGUUUUUAAUGUUAUUAAAAUUUAAUCACUUUCUCUGCUAAUGUCUUAACAUGACAGUAAAGGACCUAAUGAAGAACAAUAUGUAAUAUUUUCUUUUAUUUACAGAAAGUUAUAUACCAUGGCAAUUUUCUUCCUCCUUUAUGGUUAAUCUGUAAACAGUUUGUAUGGUUUAUAUGUUACAUAUAUACAGUAUUUCAACUGAUUUGGCCCCUUUUUAAUGAUUAAUUUCAAUUGAGAGAAAACUUGUUUUUAUAUAUCAAUUUAAUUACACCCAUACAUUUUGCUGCUUUAUAACACACUAUUUGUUAUUGAAUUAAAAUCAAAUGAAGCAUUGCAUCACUUUCGGUAAAAAUCUUUAUGCGUGUAGUUUUUAAUCUAAAAUAAUUUUAAGCAAUACUGAAACAUGAGUAGUAUCUCUGGCAUCCAAUCAUAGUCUACACAAAACUUAUAUAUCCAUAUAUAUAUUAUUAUUUACUCCAUUCCAUUUCCAUCUUAUUCCACCACACAUAUCUCUUAUGGGAUGCAUUUUAUUUUCCUUACUUAUGUGCAAUACUGCAAAGAGUUUUAAAAACAUUAUAGGCAACUGUCACAGUGUUCUGAGAUCUAGAAAUAUACGCAUAGUGUUAAAGCUUGUAUGUGAACCAAAAACAUAAAGUACUAAAAUAAUUUUUCUUGUGCAUAGUAGUAAUUCUAAUCACUGUGGUUUUCAAAAACAGAUGAUUUUGACAAUUUAAGUACAUUUAAUAUGUAACUCUGAUUUGCUUCAUUUUGGAUGUUUUCAAAUUUGGAAGGAGUUAAUGCUUCUACAUAGGCCCUUAAAACAUGUCCAUGCUGUAUUAUUUUGAGUAAUGUGAUUAACAAAACCUCUUGUUGGACUGGUUCCAGCAAAAGAAGACAGAUGAGGUUAUUGCUCUUAUAAGAUGUUAAAUGCAAGUUUAUCUCACUAUCCUCUGUUUCACUCUCUUGUUAUAAGCUUUUGUUUGGGAUAUGAGAGUGAAUAUAUUUAUGAAACCUGUUUUUCACAUGUAAAUGUUCUGUAUAUGAUCUGUAAAUCUUUCUGUCAUUGUAAAAAAAAAAAAAUAGUUUAAUAUAAUAAUAGGAUUUUAAGAGAAUGUUCCUGUAUGUCUGAUAAAAGACAUUACACUAUGACAAACUAACCAGUGUGCCAAAAUGAUGAUGACUUAUAACUUUAUGUACAGUAUUUUCUUAAUAUUUUCCUAUACUGUAGCAUACAAGGUUGUGAAUUGUAUACCACUUUUAGUCAGGUUUCCCUCCUCUUCUUUUUAAAUUUAAUGGUGAGCACUUAUCUGCUAACAAGUCCAAGCACACGUUUUCUGCAAUAAUGCUGUAGUUUAAAUUGAGAAGUCUUAGUUUAUUAGUGUCUUUAAAAUGCAUGUUGUUCUUCCAAAUGAUAUGAGCUGUCUGAGAGAACUGAGAGUGUGAAUCAGAAGACUCUUGUCCUAACAGUAGAAAGCUGCGUAUUUGGAUGCAAAUACAAAUGUGUAUACAGUAUACCUUAAUGUGAAUAGGAUGUUUGGCAUGUAUU